UAGACACAUCAUACCACGCUUCACAAAUCACUGACUCGCAAGCAAAACCCCCAGUCAGAUAUAUAUCCCUCUUAUUCAAGGAACGGUUAACGUUAUUAACUGGUGUCGCAAAAACGAUUGCAGGAAUG